AUGGGGAGAUCUUCGAACCGCGUGAAGCGCUAUGGAGGAGGAGGAGGAGGAGGAGGAGGAGGAGGAAAGAAGACGUCGACUGCAAGCUCUCUCAACACCAUAGCUGAUCCUGUUGGUGUGCAGCAACGACUGCAGUACCUCGCGACCCCCACACAGAGGCUGACGUGGGAAGAAUAUAAGGAGAAGCAUAAGAAACAGUUCGAGUCGAGGCUGGAGCAGGGAAUGGACGAAGAGACCGCGGAGUAUAGAAGGCAGCUAGACCAAGAGAGGAACGAGAAGCUUGCUCGCGGUACCAACCACAGAGAUCUAGCAGACAAGGCUGAUAAGAAACGGAAGAAGAAAGACAAGAAGGACAAGAAAGACAAGAAAGACAAGAAAGAGAAGAAAGAGAAGAAGAGACAACGCGUCUGA